GCGCAUAGACGUGUGCUGCAAAACGUCUCAAACCAUAACAAACUUACGAAAGCGUGCGAAUAACUGUUUUAGUGACUGUGAGUGUGAGUUUUAAAGCAAAAAGUGAAUGAGCAGUUUGUUCUGAACAAUUUGAGCAGAAAAAAAAAAUCAAAAGUUAAUUUGUGCAAAAUUUUAAUUAAACUAUUAAAACAACAAAAAAUCAUCAAAGAACAAAUAUUGUCAUAAUUGAAGCCUGAAGAUGUUGCGCGUAAUUUUUAUCACCGUUAUAAGCGCGCUGUCAAGCAACUUAGUGUUUGGACAAUACUUCGAAACACAGACGCGCCGCUGCUUCAAUCCCAAUCAACGCCCCGGCGCAUGCGUCUCGAUCUACGAUUGUCAGACAUUGUUGUCGGUGCUGCAACGCGGCUCCAUCCAGCCGCUCGACACCGAAUUUCUGCGCGCCUCCGAAUGCACCGGCGGCUACGGCAAUGCGCCGUAUGUGUGCUGUACCGGAGAUACCGGUUUCACGCGCAACACUUACGACGACGACGACUACAACCGCCAGCCAAGCACGGUGCUAUUUCCCGUCGGCUUCGGUGAGGGCCGACAACGGCAGAGGCAGCGCAUAAACGCAGUAGCUGGUGGUGGGCGUGACUUUAACAGCAUUGGCAGCAACGGUGGCAACGGCGGCAAGCAACCGAGAGAUCUGACAGCGGGUGCGCAAACAUCUGCCGCGGCAUUGCUGCCGCGCUUGCCCACCUGUGGCGGCGUGACAAUAUCGAAUAAGAUCUACGGCGGCUCGGAUGCGGAUCUCUAUGAGUUUCCAUGGAUGGUGUUGCUCGAGUACAAUCGACGUUCCGGUGGCGUGUCAACCAGCUGUGCGGGUUCGCUCAUAAAUAACCGCUAUGUGCUGACGGCGGCGCAUUGCGUGAAAGGUGCCAUUGAGAAGCAAAUCGGACAGCUCGUUGGCGUUCGCUUAGGCGAAUAUGACAUCACGAAGCAAACCGAUUGCAAUGACUACUCAUGUGCUCCCGCGGCCAUACGUGUCGGCAUUGAGGAGACCAUACCACACGCGCAAUAUCGUGAUGAUUCGCCCAAUAAGGAGAACGACAUCGCGCUGAUUCGUCUCGAUCAGGAUAUACGCUUCUCAGAUUCCAUACGUCCCAUCUGCCUGCCAUCGGCUGUGGCGCAAGAGCGUUCGACACCCGCUAGCGGCACACAGUACACCGUCGCCGGUUGGGGUCGCACACUGCGCAGCCCCAAAAGUGCUGUAAAACAGAAAUUACAAGUGCCGCUUGUAGACUUGUCACAAUGUCAGCGCAAGUAUCGCGAACGCAAGGUGAAUGUGGUGAGUACUCAACUCUGUGCUGGUGGCCAUUAUGCCGAGGAUAGUUGCGAGGGUGACUCUGGUGGUCCGCUGAUGCGUUUCCGCAACGAUGCUUGGGUGUUGGAGGGUAUCGUGUCGUUUGGCUACAAGUGCGGUUUGAGCGGCUGGCCGGCCGUGCAUACGCGUGUGGCGAACUAUGACAACUGGAUACGAAGCAAUUUACGCAAUUAAUUUAAUUUUGUCUUAAUGCACUUGUAUUUAUAUAUAAAUUAUGUAAUUAUUAGGUUAUAUUAGCAUUUAAUAACAUGAAUUUAAUUGUGAUCUUGCCAUUAGUUUCUCAUUUUGUUUCGUGUCAUGUUCGCAUAUUCUAAAAAUUAUACUCCACAAUAUAUAUUGUAUUAUAUUUGUGGGGUUACUUAUCAU